AUGGCGUUUUGCUUUUUGCGCGAUCAACCAGCCCCCGAAGGGGAGGGAUCAUCGAUCACCGUUGCGAAUCGCCCAUCAUAUCACCCAGGCCCCCUGAGCGCACCGCGAGUUUUCUGGACGCCGGUGCGGGGGAGGAUCCUUGAGGCCCGCCUCUCAUCGGAAGUUGUUCCCUGCGCAACAGCAGUUCCUGCGCAGGAUGAUUUGACGGGCGGCAUGGGAGAGGGACAAGGCCGAACGCCAGUCGACGUCCGCCUGCGAUCCACUUAG